UGGGCAGGACAGGAAACGGGACGCGAGGAACGCUCAGCAAUCUCCGUUCUCCGGGAGAGAGAAUGGGAGAGGAAAACGAAAUGUGUUAAAAGGAGACUAAAUAAACUGGAUCGGGUGCAUGAAUAUUUUACUUUUGUAGUAAAAAAAACGAUACUAUUCACCAUCAGGAACGUUGGAUAUUUACAUUUAUUACUCUUACAAAAUAUUUGUCGGCUGUUUUGUUACAUUGAAGAUCUCGUCGUCAGGGUACAAGUUAACCUCUGUGGGAAUUUGAGCUGUCUGAAAGAGAGCAACACUAUACCAAAGCAGAUAUGGAGCAGGUAUCAGAUGAUGAGCUGGACCAUGCUGCCGAAGAAGACAGCGAUAAGGAGGACCAGGAUCUGGACAAGAUGUUUGGUGCCUGGUUGGGAGAACUGGACAAGCUCACACAGAGUUUGGAUGAUGGGCGUCCUGAGAAAGUACAAAAAGCUCCUCUCAGACAGGAAACAAACCUUGCCAAUUUCUCCUAUCGUUUCUCUAUGUACAACAUCAAUGAAGCCAUUAAUCAGGGUGAGACGGUGGACCUGGAUGCUCUCAUGGCUGACCUGUGCUCAAUAGAGCAAGAACUCAGCACCAUAGGCAAACCCAUAAGCAAGACCUUGGAUGGCAAAUCCAAACAAAGGCCUACAGGACGCUCAGCCAGCGCAAAACACAGCGGAGGGGGCAGCAGUGGAGGAAGCACCAGCAGCAGUACCCGAGCCUCACCCGCAUCCACUGUUCGGGGUGGCAACAGUCAAUCUCGACCCCUGGCUUCCAACUUCUCCCUGGAUGACAUCACUGCUCAGCUGGAAAAGGCGUCUUUGAGCAUGGAUGAAGCAGCGAAACAGACUUCUGAGUCUUCCUCCUCAUCUUAUUCAUCUGCCAAUCCACCUUCUAACUCACAUCAUCGGCGAACAGGGUCAGUCGGGACAGUCAGUGACCAGGAAGUGCGUUCUAUCGGUCAUUCAUCCAGGUCAAGCGUCAACUCUGCCUCUGCAUCCAGCAUGGACUCCCUGGAUAUUCGAGGACAGGAGAACGAGACUCAGUCACAAAACCAAAGCCAGACUAGCACAGAGCAUGUGUUACUGCGCAGAGCCAAUGGUAAAACUACCAGACGGCAUCUUGACUUUACCUCACAGGAGGGGGAGGUGGAUCAAAGUACUCACUCGUAUCUGGACAGAGAGACCUCUCUGAUUCUGAAAAACAUUGCAGGAAAACCCUCUCACCUGCUGACCAAGGAAGAGCAGGCUGCCAAAGCGAAGGCUGAGAAAAUACGUGUGGCUCUAGAGAAAAUUAAAGAAGCCCAAGUGAAAAAGCUGGUGAUACGUGUACACAUGUCAGAUGAGAGCUCAAAGACCAUGAUGGUGGAUGAGAGGCAAACGGUCAGGCAGUUGCUGGACAGUCUGCUGGAUAAAUCUCACUGCGGUUACAGUCCUGAUUGGGCUCUGGUGGAGACCAUCCCUGAGCUACAGAUGGAGAGAAUUUUUGAAGAUCACGAGAACCUUGUAGAGAACUUGCUCAACUGGACCAGAGACAGUCAGAACAAACUCAUGUUCAUUGAACGGAUUGAAAAGUAUGCACUUUUCAAAAACCCUCAGAACUAUUUACUUGGGAGGAAGGAGACUUCUGAGAUGGCAGACAGAAACAAGGAGGCACUGCUAGAGGAAUGUUUUUGUGGCAGCUCGGUGUCAGUUCCUGAAAUCGAAGGAGUGUUGUGGUUGAAGGAAGAUGGUAAAAAGUCUUGGAAGAAGCGCUACUUUCUGCUAAGGGCAUCUGGCAUCUAUUUUGUGCCAAAAGGCAAAGCCAAGGCUUCCAGGGAUUUGGUGUGCUUCCUGCAGUUGGACCAUGUUAACGUGUAUUAUGGUCAGGACUACAGAAGCAAGUACAAGGCCCCCACUGACUACUGCCUGGCCCUCAAGCACCCUCAGAUCCAGAAAAAGUCACAGUACAUCAAAUAUCUAUGCUGUGAUGAUGUCAGAACUUUACACCAGUGGGUAAAUGGCAUCCGUAUUGCUAAGUACGGGAAGCAGUUGUAUGUGAACUACCAGGAAGCUAUGAAGCGAACAGAGGCUGCCUAUGACUGGUCUUCUCUCUCCAGCACCAGCAUCAAGUCAGGAACAAGCUCAGUCAGUAUACCUGAGUCGCAGUCAAACCACUCCAGCCAGACAGACAGUGGUAUGUCAGAUGGUACUUCGUCCUCUCAUGCCCGCUCUCAAAGUGUGGUCAGUUCAAUCUUUUCUGAGGCCUGGAAGAGAGGAACUCAAAUAGAGGAGAGCACUAAGGCAAGGCCAGAAUCAAUCCGUUCUACUCAUUCAAGCCAUAGCAGUCAUUCUUCUCAUCACGUAUCUCAACAGCAACAUCUACACGCACAACAGCCACAUGUGCAUUCAAUUCUACAAUCACGUGGAAGUGUCACCCAGGCUCCGGCACAGGCACCAACACAAACACUGGCACAAGCACCACCCCAAGUGGCUCCAGCUCCACCACCUCCUCCUCCACCUCCUCCUCCACCACCUCCUCCUCCUAUUUCCAGCAUCCCUCACCAUGCAACUCCUACCAUGUUUGCCAAAUACAGCACUAUCACUCGGCUGCAAAAUGCCUCUCAGGCUACAAGUCACCACAAGCCUCAGCCUCAAAUUCAGCAGCAAGUGCCACCAGUACCACCACCCUCCAAACCGCAGUCAAACAAUAUUCCAUCAGGUGCUAACAUCCCACCCCCUCCUCCUCCACCUCCACCUGCCUCAAUGCCUCCACCUGGUUCAGCCAUGGCUGUUUUGAAGCUCGGCCCUCCAGCUGCAGCAGUAAUUCCACAGAUCUCCCCUUCCCCCCCCUCACCUCCUCCACCACCACCUCCUCCUCCCAUAAUGCCAGUGCAGUCACAGCCUCAACCACCUCCUCCACCCAUAAUGCCCAUGCAGUCACAGCCUCUACCGCCUCCUCCACCAAUAACACCCAUGCAGUCACACAAUCUACCACCUCCUCCACCCAUGCAGUCACACGCUCUACCACCUCCUCCACCCAUAACACCCAUGCAGUCACAUGCUCUACCACCUCCUCCACCCAUAACACCCAUGCAGUCACAUGCUCUACCACCUCCUCCACCCAUAACACCCAUGCAGUCACAUGCUCUACCACCUCCUCCACCCAUAACACCCAUGCAGUCACAUGCUCUACCACCUCCUCCACCAAUAAUGCCCAUGCAGUCAGAGCCUCUACCGCCGCCUGCACAAAUCAUGCCCAUGCAAUCACAUCCUCUUCCACCACCUCCACCUUUAGUGCAAAUGCAGUCACAGCCCAUGCCACCACCUCCUCCCACAGUGUCAUUCCAAUCACAGCCUUUACCACCUCCUCCACCCCCUCUCCAGGCUAAUGGCCUUCCCCCUCCUCCACCUUUAAUCACUAAUGGGCUUAAGCAGGCUUUUGCCCAUAAAUUUCCCAGCACACCACAGGAUGUAUUACCCCCAGCUAAUCAAAACAAUUUUCCUCCACCUCCCCCACCACCACCACCUCCACCACUUGCACCUACGCUCCCUCCUUACCAGCAUGUUACUUCAACUUCAAAUCCACCACCACCCCCACCACCACCACCUCCUCCCCCACCAGCCCCCAUACAUCUAGCAAAUCAACCUGCGGUUUUACCCAAAUUUUUCACUGGUGGAUUUCCACCUCAGAAAGCACCCAAACCUUCAUGUGGCAUUCUUCCAGUAUCCCCAGUAGCUCCAGCACUUCAACCUCCACCACCGCCUCCUCCUCCACCUCCUCCUCCACCACCUGCACCAUUGAAGAAUCAGCCUCCACCUACACUGCCCAAGCAGCACAGCCUCUCCAAGACACUGCCCUUCUCCAGUCAAACUUCUUCAGUACCGUCUAUGGUUAAGCAGCUUGCUAGUCAAUUUCCUGUUGCAUCUCCUGCAUUAACCAAUCAAACAGAUAGUCUCAAAGCUCCCCAGUCUCCACCUGCAGUGAAGGUUAAGCCAAAAUGGCAGCCUGUAGGUCAAGGCCAGCAGCAACAGAGGUCACCUGAAUUUCCACCACCUCCACCAGACAAUGCCCUUGGCUUUGCUUCACCAACACCUCCACCACCACCACCUCCUCCUCUUCCUCCAGGUCCUACUCCUCCUCCUCCCCCUCCUCCUCCUCCUCUGAUGUCAGGCUCCCCUAUCAAAAAGUCUCCCUCUGGCUCAUCUGCAGGUGUUAAGAAACCACCGCCAACUCCUCAGCGCAACUCCAGUGUGAAGUACGAUGCCUCAACGGAAUACCAGGAGUCCCGGAAGAACUUGGUGAGCAAGUUUAACCCAAGUUCUGCUUCAUCAACAACAUCAACCUCCAGCUGUUCACCCUCAAAGGAGCUCUCUGCAGGCCCUCAAGCACCCCCCAAACCAGGGAAGCUCAAUCUGGCAAAUCUUCCUUUGGCUUUGCAGAACAAAUUCAAUCAGAACCGCCAGUCAGCGGCAGACUUUCCAUCUCCUCCACCCCCAGAAAAUGAUUUUUUCCCACCUCCGCCAAUAGAGUCCGACCUCCCUCCACCACCACCUCUUCCAGGGGAUCUAAAUGGUGUGUCUCCCAAAGUGGCCGUAGUCAAUCCUCAGCCUCAGCCUGCUUGGGGCAAAAGUUCCCUAAAGAAGACACAACCUCCAGCAUCACUUCGCUGUAAUAACACUGUUAGAGAGUCUCCACCACUCUCACCACCUUCCAUACACGGGGGGCCAAUUCCCCAUUCUCCCAAAGGCACCACACAGCCAAACUUUUUGGAGGACCUUAACAAGACACUGAAACGCAAGUCUUCAAGAGUCUCUGGAGACAAAGUGGACCCUGUGGCCACAAUGGAUGACAUGGUUUUGCCACCACCUCCCCCUGAACUUCUGCAGGACCAGCAGAGGCUCAGUGGCAGUGGUUUCAUGUCCGGGAACAUCUCAGGCUAUGCAACACUACGGCGAGGGCCUCCUCCUGCCCCACCCAAGCGGGACCACAGUACCAAACUUACAAACUAAGACAAUUGUAUCUUUUCUUGAACACUCUUGCUUGCUAAUUUCUUGUGUAUCUCAUAGAGUUGUAGAGAAGAAGACUUUUUUUUUUUUUUUGCUAUGCUUAAUGCUCAUUCUGUACAAAAGCCUCAAAAAUGUCAGCUUUACAGUGGCUUUGUGACAGUGUAUCAGUUCCAAUUCCAAACAACAAAGUGAUUCCACUUCAACAUAUUGGUACUGCAUGGAAAACAAAACUGCAUAAAAAAGAAUCUCAUUGAUUUUCGGAAAGAUGAAUGGUUUGAACUUUAAAUUGAAUUAUUUUUAUUUGAAUUUUUAUAUUAUUUUUUUUUAUAUUAUCAAUUAUUUAAUAAUCUGAAGAGAUUUUGUUAUUUUAGAUUGAAGUUUUUUAAAUGGUUGAAUGAUUGUUGUUUGAGGAGUAUUAUCAUGGGUAUGUCGUCAUAAACAGCGAGUUUGCUUGGUUUAAUAGCUCAGCACAACUUCCACAUUUAUGUGGCAGACCCAGUGCUAAGGUGAUGCGUUUAGCAUGUACCAUGAUCACUAUUAUUCUCUGAGCCACUUUAAGUGAGUUUUAGUUGUAAUUGUCAAAACUGUAAAAUGAAGGAGACGUUGUUCAGGGAGUUGUGUCAUUGUCUAGUUCUGAGACUGUGGAAUGUUUGCUUUUUUUGACUAGACUUGUUUCAAUUGUAGAUAUUCUCAUUUGCUGCAGUAUCUUUGUCUAGGUGAAACAAAUGACUGCCUUGCUGUUCUUUAUUGGUCCUCACUUCGGCUGGUGAGCAUUCAAGCUGACUUAGAAAUGGUUGACUUUUAAGUCGUAACUGAAUGACACAAUCAAUAUUCACAUAGAUUUAUCUUAUAUUCUGUAUUAUAACCAUGUAUUAUUGGCUCAUAAAUACAGCCAUGCCUUAAAAAGAUCUAAAACAUGCUUAUCAAACAACAGAUCAAAAUAUUGUCGCCUUACAUGAUACAGGCUAUUACAAAAAAAAAAGUGUCUUUUCCUGUAUGUUUUACCUGAUUUUCCCUGUUCAGACAUGCCAUGCAACUGACAUGAAUAUCACAGUGAGCACCAAUGUGUAAUGGCUCUACAUGAGCAACUUUGCAUAUUUACAAACAAGUAUGCAUCUUAUUUCAUUUUGAAGGAUUUGUUUAUUGAAUGUAUUUACAAUAUCAUGGAACUUAUCAAGAUAAGAAGUAACAAACUGAAGGUAAUGUUAAAUUAUUAAGUAUCCGGUCUUGAUACAUGGAAGGUCUAUGAACAUCAUGCUCUACAUAUCUCUCUGCAAAAUGUGUAAUUUAAAAUGAAAUUAUACAUGUUGA